CUUCUACCACUAGCCACUAGCUACUAUACUAAUACUUCUAUUAGAAAAAACACACUUUCUCCCUCUACUUCCUAUUAGAAAAACACACAUUUUCUCUCUCUACAAAUAAUGGAGAUGAAUGAAGAUGGUUUCUUAGAAGAGUUACUAGCUUUAAGAAGAGAUCAAUCAUGGGAAACAAACCCAUCACCGACUCACCAUGAUCAAAUCAAUGGCUUCUUUUCAUCACCUUCAUGGCCUACAUUCAACGGCCUUGAUUCAACCACCUUGUUACCCAACACCAACACCACCACCACCACCUUAGAUUGCUCUUCCUUCUUUGUCCAUCCUUCCUCUACCCCAUUUGACCCCACCUUUCCGGAUCCGGGCCCGGGCUCGGGUCCAAACCCGGAACAUGAAUAUUCAAUCUCCAUGAUUGAACCGCAUGAACAAGAUCAUGACAUCAAUAAUAACAAUAUGAUUCCAUGCAAAGCUGAGCAUUCUAUGACCUCCGGUGAGGUUGAGCUUGAAAUGGAGAUUCCUCCGGCGUUAUCGCCGCCGGCAGCAUUCAACAUUGGGGUGUGUAUGGUGGAGAAUAAGAGGACUUGUAAUAAGAUGAGUAGUAAGGUUAAGAAAGUGGAAGGUCAACCUUCUAAGAAUCUUAUGGCUGAAAGAAGAAGAAGAAAACGUCUUAAUGACCGUCUUUCCAUGCUUAGAUCCGUUGUUCCUAAAAUUAGUAAGAUGGAUAGGACAUCAAUACUUGGAGAUACAAUUGAUUAUAUGAAGGAGUUAUUAGAAAGGAUUAACAGCUUGCAAGAAGAAGUUGAUACGAGUCCUGAUCACUUCGAUGUCAUGACCAUGUUCAAAGAUGACAAACCCACUGAUGUGCUUGUCAGAAAUUCACCCAAGUUUGAUGUGGAUAGGAGGAACAUGGACACGAGGGUUGAAAUAUGUUGUGCAGGAAAACCAGGACUUUUGCUAUCAACAAUAACAACACUUGAAGCAAUGGGUCUUGAAAUCCAACAAUGUGUUAUAAGUUGUUUUAAUGAUUUCUCACUUCAAGCAAACUGCGCUGAGGAAAUGGAACAUAAAGCGUUGAUUAGUUCAGAAGACAUAAAGCAAGCAUUGUUCAGAAAUGCAGGAUAUGGAGGAAGGUGCUUGUAGUCAUCAAAUCAACAACAACAAUUGUUUAAGCUUUGUAAAUUUAGGCUUUCAUUUGUUUCUCCUGCAAAUAAUGUUCUUUUCAUGAUUUUGAUUUUCCUAUCAUAAAAACAUUACUAUUACUAUUUACCAAUAACUUCCCAAACCCGACCCGAGUGCCCUCUUUAUCCUCUUACCUAAAAGCAAGAGUGAGUUUUGAUUUCUAGUAGUUUAUUAUUAUGUGUAAUUGAAAUUUAUGAUUUCAUUUGUUUUCCUCCUUGAGAGUAUGGAAGUUGCUAUAUUCUUCAAUGUAUCAUAACACUUUAUAUUGAUUUUAAUUUUUUUAAAUAUAAAUUAAUUGGAAGAUGAUC